AUGGUGGACCUCCGGGCCGGUCAAGCGGAACAAGGCCAAGUCAUUGAUAAGUUGCAUAAAGUUACAUUGGCAGCUGAAUGGCCCAGUGCCUGCACAAGACAAGUCCCAUGCUUGGAAUUCAGCCUUCCGCCCAGUUCGUUACCUCCCCCAUACAGGAAUAUUGAAACCCAUUGCACAGAUUCAACUGGGCCGGGGGAAAACAAGAAUCGCCCCGCUGCAUCAGCCAUCAGCCAUCGGCGUAGUCGGCGACAAAAAGUCAGGUCAUCUUUUUUUUUUGAAGAAGGAAGCCUUGCAACGUGGGGGUGUGAGAGUGGAGGAGAUGUAGCGUGGGGAAAGGUAGCUUCGUUACAUUCCAAGUUUGUGCAUGAUUUAAAAAGACUGGACUGCACGUGUCGCGAAACUCUUCCAGAGAAUGUAUCCACGUCAGAGCCCCUCCGCCGCUGGGCACCCUACAUCUGGACCCAUCAGUACACGCACCUCUCCCCCUCGACAUGCUUCGUUCUCGACGACGGCACCGGCAAAGCGGUAGGCUACUGCAUCGGGUGUCCGGACAUAUACGCCUUUCAGGCCCGGUACGACGACUACGUCCGCGAGGUGCUGGAGCCGGCAGGGGAGCUUCCCCGGGCGGACACGUACAAGAUGGAGAGGAAGCUGCCGUGGGUGGUGGACGGGGAGUUUAAGGAGGAUGCGCUGGCGCAGACGGCGUGGUCGGGACACUGGCUGCUGGUGGAUGGGAAUGAGGAUUUGCUGGCGGACGGGUACAGGGCGACGAUGCAUGUGGAUUUGCUGGAUGGGUGGCAGGGCAAGGGAUGGGGGAGGAAGUUGGUUGAUUUGUUUGUGGAGAGCGUGAGGAAGACGGACUCGGAGUUUGGUGAGAGCAAGGGGAUUUGGAUUGGGGUGGGGGCGUCGAAUGCAAAGGUUGUGCCGUUUUAUGAGAAGUUGGGGUUUCGGGUGAAGAAGAGGGAGGUGAGGAGUAGUAAUAUUACUAUGGUGAGGGACUAUUGA